AAUUACUUCGAUUUUGUAGGCACCUAUUGUUGCGUUCCUUUCGUUAUUUUAGAUUUUUUAAUUUAGCAUUAUUUAUACUACUAAUUAUGAAGUAUUAAUUAUUAUCUUAAAAGUGAAUUAUCUGGCUUCCUGCGAAUAAGACAUUCAUUCAAACAAAAUAAUGCUGCAAAAAUGCUGUAUUUUAUUCACGUAUAGGUUAGAUUAUAGAUAGUUGAACUAAAAACCAGAGAAAGUUCGCGGAUUGCGGACUUAUAUUAGAGAAAGAUUUCUUGUGAUCCAGUUUGUAUAAAGUGAAAAUUGACGAUGGUUGAAGAGCGUGUGAAAAUGCGAAAGCAAUUGGGGUUGCUGGAAGGAGUUGCAAUAAUAUUGGGCAUCAUAUUUGGGAGUGGUAUUUUUAUUUCGCCGAAGGAAGUUUUGGAGAAAACGGGUUCGGUUUGGGGUGCUUUGUCUGUAUGGGCUGCCUGUGGCGUUCUUGCUACACUUGGAGCUCUGUCUUAUGCUGAAUUGGGGACAGCUUUAGCUCAAAGUGGGGGAGACUACCAUUACAUAAAUGAAGCCUUUGGACCACUGCCAGCUUUUUUAUAUUUAUGGGAUGCUAAUUUGGUAUUUGUACCAAGCACAAAUGCCAUUAUGUCAGUGACUUUUGCAAAUAAUCUGUUGGAACCAAUAUUUCCCAAUUGUCCCAUUGAUCCACUUUGUCAGAAACUAAUAGCAGCUGUCACUAUAUGUUUUCUGACAUUCAUAAAUGCCUAUGAUGUAAGAUUCACAACUCGCAUUCAGAAUGUGUUCAUGUUCACAAAAAUUGCUGCACUUGUCAUAAUUAUAUUGGGUGGAAUUGUAUGGAUGGCGCAAGGUGGGGUGGAACACUUUGAAGAUGGUUGGGCGGGCACAAAAACUUCAGUCAGUGACUGGUCUGUUGCAUUCUAUUCCGGAAUAUUCUCUUAUUCUGGCUGGAAUUACCUCAACUUCAUGACAGAAGAACUUCGGGAGCCAUUCGUUAAUCUCCCAAGAGCCAUCUAUAUAUCGCUACCACUUGUAACGGGCAUAUACAUCUUGGCGAAUGUGUCGUAUCUCGCGGUUUUGGGUCCCAACGGUGUGAGGGCCACAGAGGCUAUAGCUGUUGACUUUGCAGUGGCUGCACUCGGCUGGAUGAAAUGGGCCAUGCCCACACUGGUGGCUAUAGCAAUACUUGGUGGUCUCUCUGUGCAUAUCAUGACGUCAUCUCGCAUGUGCUUCGCCGGGGCCAGGAAUGGGCACAUGCCGGAAUUGUUAGCGCAUAUCAAUGUUAAGUGCAUGUCUCCCAUGCCAUCGCUUGUGUUCUUGAUGCUGAUAUCACUAAUAAUGCUGAUUCCCAGCAAUCUGACAUCACUGAUAACAUACUGCACUGUCGUGGAAUCAUUCUUCACUCUUCUCAGCUGUAGCGCUGUUUUAUGGUUGAGAUAUAAAAAGCCGCAUCUUGCUAGACCUAUAAAGGUGUCCCUCUGGAUGCCGAUAGUGUUCGUGCUAGUGCUGCUGGUGCUCAUGAUAGUGCCGAUAGUCAGCGAGCCGGUGGCGGUGAUAGCGGGCGCGCUGAUCACGCUCGCCGGCGUGCCCGCGUAUCUGCUUCUCGUGCGCGCGCAGCCUAAAUGCGUUGCGGGACUGUCUACUAAAUUCACACACGGCUGUCAGAAGUUAUUCCUAUCGGCGGUAGAAGACAAGGAAGAGUGAAUCUUACGUAUGUGUGAUUAAGUAUCUUUAUAAGAGUCACGAGGCACUUGUCCCACUGUCAACUAGUAGUUGCAAUGAUUAUACUUGAUUAUGGUUUGUACUUAAUGUAUCAGUGGUACCAUAUUUAUGAUAGAUGUAUUUUUUAAACAAAGUUCUUAUAUAAUAAUGUUUGUAAUGACAUCUUGAGCCAUAUUAUUAUUAUACAUAUUUUAAUGAAAUACUGAUAGUUCAAAAUUGUAUCCAAAAGUGAAAAAAAUCUUAUUUAAUGGUAUUAUGAACUAAAAAGUUUAGUGACUGGUAUUUAUUCACUUAAAAAUUAUAAAGAGAAAGCCCUUAUCCGAUCCGAUUAGAGGGAAAAUGAUUUACAUGAAAUACAUGUGACGGCCCAGACCAUACAAGCAAAGUUGGGCCUUAAUGGCAAUUCAGUACAUGUGAUAUCAAUUAUUUUACGAUGCAGUUGUGCGAAACAUCCCAGCACAUUAUGUGUGUCUUUAUUCUUGCCAAGAAGUUGUCAAUGAAGAAGACUUACAUUGUUAGAACAUGGCAUAUUUGGUCUAUUUAUUUAUAUUUGCAUUUAUUUUUAUAGCGAUGGCUUCGGAGGGUCCGAUAACAUUAUUUUCUAUCUGUAUAUUUUUUUCUGAAUUGUUUGUUGUUAAUUCUUUAAAAUGUCAUUUAAUUAUAACAGGUACUAAUUAAAAAAAAUGCGGAUGUUAUCUAAUUGCCAAUGGUGGGAUGAGUGCCUGUACUAAUAUUUAUAUUUUAUAUUAUGCUAUUAUUUUAAAAACGAUUUAAAGAAAAUGUUAAUGUUAAUUAAAAUGUGUACAAUUAUCUGGUCGGACUGUACUAUAUUUAUAGCUUUUUUGCAAUUUAUAAGCAUAUCUAUGUGAUUGUUGUAGUCGGUAUUGUAAAAACAAAAUUUUUGUAAAGAAAUAAUUGUUAAUGGAUCUUAUCAAUUAAAUAUCUAUUAUCAUUAAUAUGGGACAAUAUAAUAUGUGCUAUAAGUUGGAUUAAUAACUACGUUUGUAGUGAUGUGUAUAUAGAGUAUUUGAGGAUCACAAAAAAUUAUUGUAUUUUGGAAUGUUUUCAGAAUAUUCUAAAUGUACGUAAUUUAAUGUAUCUCUGUGUUCAUCACAAUAUUGACUUUGUCACGACUGUUUGAAAGAGGCUUAAGUAAAUAAAUAAAUAUUAAGUAUUAAAUUAAUAUUUAACGUUCAAGUUUAGUAUAAAUGUUGACUAUAAUACUAUAAUGUAACCGUGGAUAACGCGCAAUCUUGUAGACAUUAUUAUAAAAUAUUUCACCCCCAAUUGAAACAUCUAACUACUAAAUUGUAGUAGUUGCGAAGAAUGGGUAACUGUCAUUUGUAGGUAAAAACGUACAGGUUCUUGUCAUUACAAGCAAUAGAUAAUAGUUUGAUGAUAAUGUAUUCUAUAGGAUAGGAAUUUGUAUGAUUAUCCUACAUUCGUAACUACCGUCGCGAUUUCAUACAAUUCUGUCAUACAAAAAUGUAUUUUAGCUAUAAUGAAUAUAACAUCUGUAAGUUCUUAUCUAUAAUUAUAAAUUUUGUAUUUAUAAUAAUAAUAAUAAUGCAAUCUCUUGUACGGAUCUGGAAUGUAGGUGUCAGUCAGUAUUCUUUUUAUAAAAUAUGCUUAUUAGUAUAUUCGAAACUAUUAAAAUUAGCAUCAUCAGGUGACUUAGGAUUACUGAAGUUUUAAUGCAGUACCAAUUCCAGUACUGGGAAAAGACAGAGCUAUAUGUAGGUCGUCUGGAUCGAAUACUUUCCCCUACUGGAAUUAGAACCCCGUAACCUCCACAGGACUUAUUUGGAUCUGAGGAUUCACUCGCAUUGUUUCAGUUAGUCUAUAACCAUGACGUAUGUUAAUUUUUUUUUUUUUUUGUUUUUGUACAACCAUAAUAUAAUGAUGUUAGUAAUCAUUGCUACAUUUGUAAUUUAGUACUUAUUCAGUAAUAUUUGGAAUCUCUGAAUCUAGAAGUUAUAUCGUUUACUUCAAUGUACGAAUCUUGAGAACAAGGAUUACUUCGAAAGCAAAAAGAUACUUAUUUCAAAAUGCAUAGUACUUGUAUUAGAAAUAUUAUUUUUAGUAUUUAUUUUUUACUAAGCUCUCUAUACAGUUAAGUUGCCACCAUGACUUAGAAUCUUAGCUUUAAUUCUCAACAAGUGUUUUGUAUGCACGCACGUUCGCAUGUUUUGUUUAGCAACGCGAGAAAGUUAUAUUCUAAGUGUUCUUUAUUUUCAGC